UUGGUUGAUACAUAUCUGACACGCCUACACCGGAAGUGUGAUACACAUUAAAUAAUUCUACCUGUCUUCUCGGUCAUCCACAAACCUUCUCCGUCCGUGCAAAGUCCGUUUUCACACUGAUCUUUAUUCACCACAAUUUUCAACAUGUCUACUGAAAAGUGUUUCGCCAAAGGAAGUGCUGCACCCGGUGCAGUCCCCAACGGCUACAUCAGACUUUACAGCAUGAGAUUCUGCCCCUUCGCCCAGAGGACCAGAUUGGUGUUGAGUGCCAAAGGGAUCAAGCAUGACACCAUCAACAUCAACCUGAAAGACAAACCGGACUGGUUCCUCGAGAAGAAUCCACUUGGUCUUGUCCCAACACUGGAGACACCUGCUGGUGAGGUGAUAUAUGAGUCUCCCAUCACCUGUGACUACCUGGAGGAAGUUUACCCUGAGAAGAAGCUGCUUCCUUCCUCUCCUUUUGGUAAAGCUCAACAGAAGAUGAUGCUGGAGCAAUUUUCCAAGAUAAUACCAUACUUCUACAAGAUCCCAAUGGGGAGAAAGAACGGCGAGGAUGUCUCAGGACUGGAAGCUGAACUGAAAGAGAAGCUUUCCAAAUUAAAUGAGGACCUGGUUAACAAGAAGACCACGUUUUUUGGUGGUGAUUCCAUCACAAUGAUUGACUACAUGAUGUGGCCGUGGUUUGAGAGGCUAGAUGUGUUUGAACUGAAACACUGCCUUGACAGCACACCCGAGCUGAAGAAGUGGACAGAGCGCAUGCUGGAUGACAUGGCUGUCAAAGCCACCAUGCACAGCGUGGAUAACCACAAAGCCUUCUACAAGGCUUACGUUGAGGGGAAACCCAACUACGACUAUGGCCUGUAGAAAAUAAGUGAUCAAACACCUUAAAUCCUCUGAACACCCACACAUGUGUUUUUAGUUAUUCUGGCUGAUUAGACUCUUUUCAGGUUAAAGAUGAGCCGGAGCUUUCAUAGGAACUUAUUAGGUCACAAAUUCUUUCUACCAAUAAGUAUGACAAAAGGUGUAAAUUGUCCUACCCUAACAGAUGCAAUAAUACUAACAGUGUAGUCAGGAAGAUGUCAGUCACUCAGUCUAACCACACAGUCUUGGAAAAAGGUCCAGUCAGCCACAUUAACUACAAACACCUGUGUGGGUGUUAAGGGCCUUUAAA